AGGAGGAAGGCUGGGGCUGCAGCAUUGCUAGUUCAACCAGUCUACUGCUUUCAGCUGAAAGGGGACUUCACACUGCACCUGCCAAAGACCUUCCCUUCUCCCUUUCACCUCCAUUCUGUCCUUUUCUUUCUCUCUCCCUCCUCCUGUACUUCCAAGCUGUCAUGAACCAAGGAAUCAAAUGAUUGCCAGGCAGCCAACACAAGCUCAGCCUUCUAUUCCGCUCUGUUCUUUGUGCAAUAAUUCUAGCUUGUGUUGCAGAAAUGUCCACGAGCAGCCUGCUUGGAUGCAGGAUCAAAGAGACCUGACUGGUGACAGCAGCCUAUUGGAUCUUCCUUAGGAACUGGUGCUUGACGAGAUCUGGACCAGAACUUCAUUUCCAAAAGCAAAUGCUUUCAGGGAAUCUGCAGAAUUGGAUAGUCUUUCCGCUGCUGCUGCCGUACCAAGGGGCCAGCUCACUAAGGAUGCCAAGCCGAGCGACAUAUGAUUCAGCCAAGCAUUCCGGAUUGUUUAAUUCAUCUCAUAAACCCGUGCAUUAAUUUCCUAUUCCAGCUACGUACAUUCCUGUGACUCCCGCUAGCCAGAUCCCUCCAUCCAUCCCUUUUAACGCCCCCCUUUCCCCAUGGCAAUAAGACUUCAGCAAAACUCCUGACUCUUAACGUCUAUUUUGUUUUUUUUGCUUUUACGUGUUACAAAUAUCCCUUUCCCGAAAAAAAAAUAAAAAAAGAUUUAUUUAUAAAUAGAGUUUUAAGUCUAGAUUAGGAAAGAGCACUUUUUGUAAUUGGGAAAUUUUCUACGAUUGCUUUUUCUGUGAAAGAGCAUUUUAUAAGUUUAUCGUCAAAUUUAUUUAAAAAAAGAAAAGCGUGUGAAAAUAAAUUUAGGAAAAAUGAAGUUGAUUUUAGUGCGCAAGUUCAGGGUGCUAAUCUUGAUGGUGUUUCUGAUCGCUUGCACAAUGCAUAUCAUGAUCGAUUUAUUACCAAAGCUGGAGAAGAGAGCGUCGAGAAGUGAUGGAGAUGCAGGAUGUUCCUGUACGCACAAUCUCAACGAGGACUCGCAGGGAUGGGGGAAACAGAGAGCCAAAAAUACCGCUGAUUCAGGUUGGCCUAAUAAGCACACGCUGAGGAUCUUACAAGAUUUCAGCAGUGACCCCAGCUCCAAUCUCACGUCGCACUCGCUGGAGAAAAUCACUGGAAUAAUGGACAAGAACGAGUCCUUUAAAAAACUGGAGAACCGUGACAUGGUCAAAGACUUGAACCACAAGCAGCUGAUCCACGAUGGGAAUAUAAACAAACCCCAGCCUGGCGCUGGCUACUCAAGGUUGGCUGCUCUGUUUCAGCACCCUCUGUACAAAAUUGCUAUUCCUGAGCUCACCGAAGAUGAUGUCUUGUUUAACGUGAAUAGUGACAUCAGAUUUAACCCCAAAGCUGCCGAAAACCAGGACUGGCAAAAUGUAGCAAAUGAAGGUAGCGAUGAGGAGGAAUUCUUGCCUACUGGAGAAGCUCAUGUAGAUUCCUAUCCCAACUGGUUAAAGUUUCACAUUGGAAUCAAUCGGUACGAGUUAUAUUCCAGACAGAAUCCAGCCAUUGGAGCUUUACUGCAAGAUCUCGGCAGCCAGAAGAUCACAAGCGUUGCAAUGAAAUCGGGAGGUACCCAACUCAAACUUAUUAUGACUUUCCAAAAUUAUGGGCAAGCCUUGUUCAAACCUAUGAAGCAAUCAAGAGAACAAGAGACCCCUCCCGACUUCUUCUACUUUUCAGACUAUGAACGCCAUAAUUCUGAGAUUGCUGCCUUUCACUUGGACAGGGUUCUUGAUUUCCGCCGUGUUCCACCUGUCGCGGGUAGACUGGUGAACAUGACCAAAGAAAUACGAGAUAUCACUCGGGACAAAAAGCUGUGGAGAACAUUUUUCAUUUCCCCAGCAAACAACAUUUGUUUCUAUGGAGAAUGUUCUUACUACUGCUCAACGGAACACGCUUUGUGCGGGAAGCCAGAUCAGAUAGAAGGUUCCUUGGCAGCUUUCCUCCCAGACUUAUCUCUUGCGAAAAGGAAAACAUGGAGGAAUCCAUGGAGGCGGUCAUAUCACAAGCGCAAAAAAGCAGAAUGGGAAGUUGAUGCUGACUACUGUGAAGAAGUGAAGCAGACUCCUCCGUACGACAGUGGUACAAGACUUCUAGAAGUCAUAGAUAUGACUAUAUUCGACUUUUUAAUGGGGAAUAUGGAUCGUCAUCAUUAUGAGACCUUUGAGAAGUUUGGAAAUGAAACAUUUAUCAUUCACUUGGAUAAUGGAAGAGGAUUUGGAAAGUAUUCACACGAUGAGUUGUCUAUUCUAGUGCCAUUGAAUCAAUGCUGCAGGAUUAAAAAGUCUACUUACCUGCGUUUACAGCUCCUAGCGAAAGAGGAAUACAAGCUGAGUAAACUGAUGGAGGAGUCUUUAGAAAUGGACAAAAUUGACCCAAUCCUCUAUCAGCCACAUCUUGAAGCUUUGGACAGGAGGCUACGGAUUGUCCUUAAAGCUGUCAGUGACUGCAUAGAAAAAGACAACUAUGACAGUGUGGUUCAAAAUGACUUGGACUCUGAUGUGAAUAACAAGACAACCAAGAGGUAGUGAUGGGGAAAGUCUCCAAGCCCAACCAAGAAGACAUAGUCUUGCCUAAGACUGCGAACGCUCUUUUGUGAAUUCAGUGAAUUCAGAUUUAAGAUUAAAUCAUUUCCCACUGUAGUCAAGCUAUAGAAACCAAGAAGGAUUAGAUAAUUAAAAAGUCUGUAAAAUAAGUAGAUUAUAAAUGGAUGUGCGUUAAAUGAUAUGGUCAAAGACCUACAGAAUCGGUUUUGGGUUCUAAGCGUAACUUGAUCUUUUUGUACAGAUAGGAGGCCUUUAUUUAAAAAUAAAGAUUUUGUAUUUAUAUAUGGUAUAAUUAUAAAAUGAUGAUCUACCUACCACUUUUUUGGAAAACAUAGAAAAGGGACAGUAUAGUUUUGUUUACCUGUGAUGCUGACUUGACUAUACCACAAUGACGCCUUCAAGAUUACUUCAAUCUCUUAACUUGAGUAUACUGUAUCUUCUGUAAUUGGUAUUUUCUGGGGGUUAAAAUCCAAAGUCUUAAGUGUGGAGGGUUUUGUGCUGACAUAAUGCUUAGCAACUGUGGAAGCUUUACUUGAAUGUUAAGCAUUGAGAUGAGCUAUUCACCUUUAAAACAAACAGGCAGGACUUACAUAAUAGACCUAAAUUAGGGAACCUAAAAUGCUCCAGGUGUUCUUAAUAUAUCACUCACAACACAUCUUGCUUUGAGCUGACCAGCUAAGCAUGGUGAGAGGAUUCAUUGGGUAACAACUGGAGCAAGUGGUGAGCAGGUAGCAGGUCUGUUCUGUCAUUAGCCAGAUAGCUGCCUUCUCGUGUCUGCUUUUGCUAUAAUUAUGUAAAUAGUGUAUAUAUAUACAUGAAUAUUAGCUGCAUUGUGCAGCUACAAGCUUAAUUUUGCAGCGUUUUUGUGAAUUGUUUGCAACGUGGUAAAAGUGCAAUAAAAGAUACAGCAAACAUGUAUCUAAAA